AUGGAUUUCUCAUGUCGAGGUCUUGCUACAACUGCGAUGUUGCAGGCAUGGGAAUCGAUGGCCAGCGUGCUUCUGAACACGCAGGCCCGUAUGCCUAAAACGUGCAGUUGCAUUUCUGACAGCGCGCAACACGCUGGGCUGCGUCUUUGGAAGUGUGAGGAAGCGCAGCGAAUAUUUCACGAGAAAGCUUCAGACUUUGCAAGAGCACAGCUCAUCAUGAAAGAAGCAAGAACCGAAGCAGAGGAAGCCCUUCAACUCAGAUGGAGCCGCCCUUGGGUGCAGGAGAUGGACGAGCUGGGCCGGAAGGUCAGGGCGGACGCUGGGAGAAUUUCAUCAACUGAAGCCCGUGCUGUUUCAGAGGAGAUUGGGCAAGAGAUGAGUUUGGAAAUGCAAGAGGUUGCAGAAGCUAUUGGGAGCAUAUCUUCUGAGCAUCGGGCGCUUCAGAAGGAGGCGAUGUUGGAGAUGCGAAGUCAUCACCGCGCACUGUCACGGGAGCUUGCGGCUUUAGAACGGCGGGUUUCAGCAGAAGCACGAAAGAGAGAGUCUGACACAUUGCAAAUGGUGAGCGCAGAGGAGCAUUUCGCGGAGCAGGCUUCUGAGGUUGCAGAACUUGCGGUUGCAGGCCAAACCAGCCUUGCUUGA